GCAAUUUUCCUUUCCAUAAUGUAUUUUGUUAAUGGCGGUCAAGGUGGUUAUAUGAUUAGUGAUGAAAAUAAUAAUGAUUUGCCAUCUGUGUUUUUGAUUAUUGUCUUGUAAUGUAAACGGAUUGUAUUGUUUAUGUCAUAAAAAUGGAAGAUAUAAAUGACGAAUGUGGUAAGAAGGAGCUUAAGACCAUAGAAAUCGGUCAAUCAAACAAUGAAUCAACCUCCGCACCUCCUCCGUCUGCAGGAAAAACUGCUCCAGAAUCACAUGCCAAUUUCGGACAUGAUACGUCUGGGGAUGAUGAAGAUGAAGCUUCGGAGGUAGAUUCUUUCAUUUUAGAUGAAAAUGACUUGGAAGGUGAACAGGGACUGGAGGCUUCCAAGUUUCUUUUGGCAGCUGAGUCCGAGGGUCAAGGCAUCCAAACUGUAGAUCCCCAAACUCAAGCUAGAUUAGAAGCAUUACUUGAAGCAGCUGGUAUAAGUAAGUUGUCUUCCAAAGAUGGUAAAGCACUGUCUGAUCCUGAAGUCUUGAGAACAUUAACAUCCUCUGUUAGUAGUGCCCUGGAUGAAGCAGCUCAGGCUUUACAUCGCAUGAGAGACUCUCAGGGGCAGCUAGUGUCAGCUGAUGGAAUGCAGUUAGAUGCUUCUGGAGAAAAUGAUUCGUUGGUGCAUCGUUCCAACUCUGGCAACGCUGCUGAUGCCACUGAAGAAGGAGAAAGUCUUCUGUCUUUGGCAUGCUCAGCUGGUUACUAUGAAUUAGCACAGGUUUUGUUAGCGAUGAAAGCCAAUGUUGAAGAUAGAGGAAUCAAAGGAGAUUGUACUCCACUCAUGGAGGCAGCAAGUGGUGGCCAUGUUGAUAUUGUUAGGCUUUUGCUACUUCACAAUGCAGAUAUUAAUGCCCAGUCCUCAGCAGGUAAUACACCACUUCACUAUGGUGCUUGUGGUGGCUUCAAGGAAGUGGUGCAGGAACUGCUCUUGAAUGGAGCCAAUGUGGAGAUACACAAUGAGAAUGGACAUACUCCCCUCAUGGAAGCAGCCUCUGCAGGUCAUGUGGAAGUAGCUAAAAUAUUGUUAGAUCAUGGAGCUGGGAUUAAUACUCACUCCAAUGAGUUUAAAGAGAGUGCACUAACAUUGGCCUGCUACAAAGGUCACCUUGAAAUGGUGAAGUUUCUCCUUGAAGCUGGUGCUGACCAAGAGCAUAAGACUGAUGAGAUGCACACUGCACUUAUGGAAGCUUCAAUGGAUGGCCAUGUGGAGGUGGCUAGGCUAUUGCUGGACAGUGGAGCUCAGGUAAACAUGCCAGCAGACAGCUUUGAAUCCCCUCUAACACUUGCAGCCUGUGGUGGUCAUCUGGAAUUGGCAAGUCUUCUCAUUGAGAGAGGUGCUAACAUUGAGGAAGUGAAUGAUGAGGGCUACACACCACUAAUGGAGGCAGCAAGAGAAGGUCAUGAGGAUAUGGUGGCUUUGCUUCUUUCUCAAGGUGCUGAUAUUAAUGCCCAGACUGAGGAGACUCAGGAAACUGCGCUCACAUUGGCCUGUUGUGGUGGCUUCCUUGAGGUUGCUGAUUUCCUGUUGCGCUCUGGUGCUCUGAUUGAGUUGGGUUGUAGUACGCCACUAAUGGAAGCUGCACAAGAAGGCCAUUUAGAGCUGGUCUCUUUCUUGCUUCAAUCAGGUGCUAAUGUUGAGGCUCAGACUGGUACGGGAGAUACUGCACUCACCUAUGCCUGUGAGAAUGGUCAUACUGAUGUGGCAGAAGCCCUGUUAGAGUGUGGUGCUAAACUGGAACAUGAAUCAGAAGGUGGAAGAACACCAUUAAUGAAAGCUGCAAGAGCUGGCCAUUUAUGUACAGUUCAGUUUCUCAUUAGUAAAGGUGCUGAUGUGAACAGAGCUACUACCUCCAAUGAUCACACUGUCUUGUCCCUGGCCUGUGCUGGGGGUCACUUGAAUGUAGUGGAGUUGCUUCUACAACAUAAUGCUGACAUUAACCACAAGCUUAAGGAUGGCUCAACAAUGGUGAUAGAAGCUGCUAAAGGUGGACACACUGCAGUGGUUAAACUGUUAUUAGAGUGGCCCAAUAGAUUUCUCUUGAAUUCAGCUGCUGAACAAUUGGCACAGCUAAGUGUUGCUGAACCAACCUUGGAUGAGCCUCGUGUUCCUGUUCAGGGUUUGGCUAACAUAGUCCCACCCAGUGAACCAGACUCACAAGUUCCAUCCUCGGUUCCUAGCUUGAGUUCUGUCAUUCAAGCUAAAAAUUCUGAACUAAUUCGUCAAAAUCUGUCCAAAAGUUUACCUAAAAGAACCAAUGGGGGACAAACUGAGGGAAAAGGUGGUAAUAAGUUGUGUAGUCCAGUUCCAGAUUACUCACAAUUUUUUAAUAAUUCUGGUUUAAUGGAAGACAAGAUAAUUGAUAAGGAUGACAAGAUGAACACAAACCAGGCCACAAAAGAGGAACAGAUUCUUUGGAAACAACAGAACAUGAGAUUUGACCAAGAAGCACACAAUCAAGAUGUGAACCUAAAAUUAAAACAAGUUUCUGCAUCUCCUCUGUCACCAUUAUCUAGCCCAGUGAAGCAGAGUGAAGAAAUAGCUAAACUUUUUGAACUACCUAGUCAGACAUUAGGGAUUACAGAGUCCCUUAAUCUAGAUGACUUUGCCAAACUUUUAGCAUAUACUGAUAUAUCACCAACUCCAACUGCCUGCCAUGAACCAUUCUUACCGGCUCAUUUGCAGCAGCAGCAGCACCACCAUCAAGGCCACUCAGCCCCACCACCAUUAGCCUGUGUUAGUUCUCCAGGAGCUGUGUCUAGUGGGGGAAAGACCAAAAGAAAUGGUUCCACUGUAAAAAGUUCACCACCCCCACCUCCUCCACCACCUGCAUCAACUGAUCCAUUUUUUUCACAGGUCCUAUUGACCCAAGCUCAGCCAAUUGUAUUUCAGUCAGAACAUAAUGGAGCGGCACAGAAUGUGGAUAUGUCCCAGUUGGUAGCCUCCACGUCACAUCUGAAUGAACCAGUCCAGCCACAUCAACUGGCUCACUUGUCUCAGCACUUCAUUUAUCCGAAAGAGCAACACUUUGUUCAGCAAAUGCAACAUUUACAUCAGAUAUCCCAGCAGUCUACUCCACAAGUGUUGCCCAGUGAUCUCAGUGUUCAGAAUAUCACCACUUCUCCAGCUCACCUCUCCCAACAGCAACAUCAAAUGUUACAACAGCAGCAGCAACAUGCUCAGUAUUUACAGCAACAGUUACAACAGAUUAAACCUGCAGUUCCUUCUGCGAAUCAAACCGUUGUUACUAAGCCACAGAUACGCAAACAGAGAGUAAUCCCAAGUACAGCUCCAUCUAUGAGUCAGCCCAUUGAUGGAUCAUCUCACCAUGUUCCUAGUACUGCUAGCUUGUUUUCUUCUGUUGAUGUCGAUUCCCAAACAGAGAGCAACCACGACACCGCCUUGACUCUAGCUUGUGCUGGGGGACAUGGGGAACUAGUGACUCUUCUGUUGGCUAAAGGAGCAGAUAUUGAACACCGUGAUAAAAAAGGUUUCACACCACUGAUACUGGCUGCAACUGCUGGUCAUGUUGAAGUUGUGGAAAUCCUUUUGGACCAUAGUGCAGACAUUGAAGCUCAGUCUGAAAGAACGAAGGAUACCCCUCUCUCUUUAGCCUGUUCUGGUGGUAGAUAUGAGGUUGUGGAACUGCUGCUUAACAGAGGUGCUAAUAAAGAACAUAGAAAUGUCUCUGACUAUACACCUCUUAGCUUAGCUGCAUCUGGAGGCUAUGUCAACAUCAUUAAGUUGUUACUAUCUCAUAAUGCGGAAAUCAACUCAAGGACUGGUAGUAAGCUGGGUAUUUCCCCUCUGAUGUUGGCUGCCAUGAACGGACACACGGCAGCAGUCAAACUAUUACUAGAUAUGGGAAGUGAUAUCAAUGCUCAGAUUGAGACCAACAGAAAUACUGCCCUAACUUUGGCCUGUUUUCAAGGACGCCAUGAAGUGGUUAGCUUACUGGUUGACCGCAAGGCUAACAUUGAGCAUAGAGCCAAGACUGGCCUUACACCAUUGAUGGAAGCUGCCUCAGGUGGCUAUGUUGAAGUUGGUCGAGUUCUCCUAGAUAAAGGAGCAGAUGUAAAUGCUCCACCAGUACCAUCUUCACGAGACACAGCACUUACAAUAGCUGCAGACAAGGGACAUUAUCGUUUUGUAGAACUACUAUUACACAGGGGUGCUUCCGUUGAUGUCAAGAACAAAAAAGGCAACUCCCCACUUUGGCUGGCUUGUAAUGGUGGUCAUAGUGAUGUGGUGUCUUUACUGGUGCAAGCAGAGGCUGACAUUGACAGUCAGGACAACAGGAAAGUGUCUUGUCUAAUGGCUGCAUUUAGAAGAGGUCACAUCAAGGUGGUCAAGUGGAUGGUAAAGAAAGUAACACAAUUCCCUUCUGAAAAUGAAAUCAAGAGAUAUAUUGCCACUAUAACAGAUAAGGAACUUCAAAAGAAAUGUAAUCAGUGUGCAGAAAUCAUAGUGACUGCCAAGGAGAGACAAGCUGCUGAGGCUAAUAAGAAUGCUGCGAGUUUGUUGGAAGAAAUCAAGCAAGAGAAAGAACAAGCAGCGCUGAAAGCAGAAUUAGCCAGUAAACGAAGAGAGAGAAGAAGAGAAAGGAAAAAGAAAGGGAAACAAAAAGAUGACAAGGGAGAGAAAGACAGUGGCAAAAAUUCUUCUCCAGAACCAGAUGGAGAUGCUAGUAGCAAUAAAAAAGAUGAUGAGGAGGAGGAGGAAGAAGAAGAGGAGGACAGUCAUUCUGAACCUACUGUGAUGUCAGUUGUUACUACUGGAAGAAAAGAAAUUCCCAACAAAAAUACUAAAACAAAGUUGGCCAAUACAACAAUCAAAAGUCAACAGUCUUUUGAUAGCUUGCAGCCACUAAGGCUACCUCCCAAUGUAACAUCUGAAGCUUCAUCUGCGACACAGCAGAAUAGUUCGGGGGCUAAUGGGCCAUCCACGGCUGCUGCAGCAAGGGCCAACAGGGAAGCACGCAAAAAACAAAUGAAAGCUGCACGAGAAAAUCGCAGGGAAGCAAGUGAUCAUGAUGCUGGUCUAAGGAGUGUGAAAGCUGAACUGAACAAGAAACAAGUCAGUCAAGCUCUUCAAGUAACAAUAGCCAAAAUCACCACCUUUAUUGAGUCUGUGGUGACAGCAAGUGCUAUCGCCUCUCAGGCCUCGUCCUCUAGUCUGACAGUGACUUGUAGUAGUGGUCAAGGACUAGUGGUAUCUAGUUCCACCAAAUCUGUUAGCAAUGCAUCUGUGAACUGUAGCACUUCCUCCCUUCCAAUCACCUCUGGUUCAAGCAGUAAUAACAAAGAUGUGUCAAGUAGUAGCAAUGUGAAUGGCAACAAAUCACGGACAAAGAAAUCCUCAAAUGACAUCAUCAAACAAAGCAGCACCACAGGUAUUGGUGACUUGGAUGACUUUGGUGUUAUACCCACAAAUGUUCUCAAGACGUUUGAAAAGAAUGGGAAGAAUAUCAACAUAAAGAAAUUAAACGAGAGUAAAAAGGACUGGAUAGAAGAAUACCGCUAUUAUGAGAAGAACCUGCCUAAUGUGGUAAAUCGAUUGUCUUCUGCACCCAACACAAGAAAAGGCCAAAAGAAAGAAGAAGGGUGGAAAGAGGUGGUACGCAAAAACAUGUCCAAGAAACUCUCAGUGCCUGCCAAUGUGAUAUCUCGUUUAAUUGGAAAAGGUGGUUGUAAUAUAAAUGCAAUUCGUGAUAUCUCUGGAGCCCAUGUAGAGGUUGAGAAGUCUAAAGGCAACUCAGACAGAACUGUUACUAUCAAGGGCUAUCCAGAAGCUAUUCGCCAAGCUAACAAUUUAAUCAAUGCUAUGGUGGAAGAGCCUGAGAAAGACAUCUCUGAGUUGAUAACAAGGUUAAAUAAAGCUCAGAAAGCUGCAACUGAAAAGCCCCAAACACAGAAAACACCAGUGACUAUAGCAGACUUUGCCAUUGGCACCUUUACCAUACCUACUACAACCACCAGUGGUAGCACUAGCACAACCAGCAAGUCACCAUCACAGUCUAAAUCUAACAGGCAAGGAGGUAAUCAUUCUGGCUCCAGUCGGUCAUCCAACUCCACUGCCAACAGCAUGGGGCCAACUAUUGGAGCUUGGCAGAACCCUGUACCAGGUCAAGUGAUUCCUUCAUCCCCACGACGAAGUCCUCAGAAACAAGUUACUUCCAAUACAUCUACAUCUAGUGGGAGGGGAACAUCAGCACCUAGUGGAGAAAAGGGCUCUGCUCGGCAGCUUAUGUUCGGUGAAAGGAAAAGGUCAACCUCACCUGUUUCAACUGCAUCAUCUAGCUCUGCCUCUUUAAGUUUUACAACAGCAGCAACUAGCUCCCUUAGGAGUGUGGUCACUAGUAGUACCAUCAUGUCCAGUCAGGUUCAGGCUAAAGCACAAGAUCAACGGAUGCAAGCUCAGAUUAAAUCUGCAGUAGGCAGUCCAACUGUUCAAUCCAAUAGAUUUACUCGUCCUGUGGUUCCACAGGCACGAAGUGAGCCUUUACCGCUGCCCAUUGUGUCUGGCAGUAACACUAGCCAUGUGGAACGUAACCAACAGUCAAACAGUAACCAGCCUCCUGUUGGAGAGUACUCCCCAUUUAACAAUUCCUUAUUUUCCAAUUUUCUGAGUAAGAAAGAAGAGCAAGUAGAUAAAAUGGAUUUUGCCAGUGUGGCUGCGGCAGGUGUUGUGACCACUAGUCCUAGUCCUCAGACAACCUCAAUACCCACUUCAGUUAUCACAAACAGUAUUGUGGACCCAGCACUGCAGGCCAAGGCACCAGGCUUUAAAAUACCCCAGAGAGGAAACUCACCACCAUACAGGCCAGAUCUUCAAGAUGCAAGUGUUGCUAGUUAUCGUUUGUCCAAUGUCAACCCGUACGUUUCCAACAUGCGGCAUGGCGCUCCAGUCUUCUCUCCGUACACGGAUUUCUUACAAGUUAACCAACAACAAAUGUAUAGGGGAGGAGAUCCAACUAUGAUGCAACCUUUUUUAAUGGGCAGUGGAGGAAUGCCUCUGCAUCAUGGGAUGUAUGCUCAUUUGCCCCACAGCCAACAACAGCAGAAAGAAGAAUAUAGCAAGCCACACAGACCUAUGACCUUACCAGAAAUCAAGGGAGCUCUCAAUCCCAAUGCUCCAGAAUUCCAACUUCCGAGUACAGGUCCUCAUUUAACCAAUGGUUUUGACAGAUCUGCCAAUAUGUUUGGUGGGAUGAUGGGAAUGGCUAUGGUCGAUGCAAGACCAGCUACUGAUGUGUCCAGUCCAAAUGCAAGUCCUAAUCCUGGAGUUGGAUUACCAAAUCUAGCUGGUCCUGCCGUACCAACCGUGAUGACCUCUGAUAUGAUGCACUAUCUUUUACUUCAAGCAAGUAUGGCUAAUGUGAACGCUGGAGGCAGUCCGCCACAACUUAGUGGCCAGCGUCUAGCGUCCACCAACAGCGCCAAUACCCUCUCCCAUAGCUCACCUCCUCAAGGCUUGUCACCGGGUGGUCCAAGUUUUAUGGGUCAAUCUCAGCAACAGAGAGCACAGUCUCCAUUGCAGAACUUAGCUGGUCGUCCAAACAGUGCACCAUCUGUUCAGCAAGAAGCUGGGCUUCUGAGUGGUCCAAGAAGUGGUUCGCCAAUGUCAGUACGAAGUGCUUCAGGGGAACAAAUUAAGCUUCUUCAGCCUAUUGGAGGUGAACGAAAGAAAGGCCCAGGACGGCCGGGUCCAAAUGUUUAUAAUGCUAAUCUCUGGAGCUAUACUAAUUCAGGUACUCCUCUAAGCUAUCAGAGACUGUCUGAACCUGAAGAAGACUAUAGUAGCAUGUCAAGUAGUCAAGUACCAUAUAAUGACUCUGGUGUACUGCCUGGUAGUGAUGGCGACCAUGGUUCACAAGUUCCAAGAAUGAUGGUGCAAGGGAUGUACAGCAAUGGGCCUUACCAUGUGGGUCCAAUGUUUCCUCCCAAGGGUGCUGCAGGGGACUCUCAAAGUCAUCUGUGGAAUACUGCAAUGACAUCAGCUCCAUCUGACCGAAAUGAUUUGGAGAAUUGGCAAACUUGGACUGAAUGAACUAGCAGUCGAACUUCUUGGGUCUGCACUUUUAGUUUUCUCUUUAUUCAAACAAAAAAAAAAGACAUUCACCUGCCAGACUUAGUUUUUUUUUUUGUUUUUUUUUUAUUUCCUUUUUUUCAUCCAGAGAAUUAUUUCCCUUUGAAUGUCCAAGUGUAUGAGUAUAGUCCACUUGCUACAGCAGCUCAGUGUGAGACAUGAACAAAGAGUUGAGCUGUGACAUUGAUCUUUCUUUGACUCAGCCAGAGUUUGAAACUAUAACAAAAACAUUUGGUCUUCUUCAUCUUAUUGGUUGUUGCCAAGGCUUGAAGGGGGAGAGACAAGGUCUUAAUGACAUUUUGAAAACAUUCAAAAAAAAAAUAAAAUAAAUAAAUAAACAAGUAAAGCAAAAA